AGGAAACUGCACGAACCCCCGGUGCACGUUUGCCCACAACGAGCGGGAGCUGCGAACCACGUCAGGCUUCUUCAAGACGAAGAUGUGCAGUUUCGCCGCCAGCGGGCGCUGCAAGCAUGGCGCGGCCUGCCGCUUCGCCCACAGCCGCACUGAAAUCCUGGCCAUCCCGGAGCAGUGCACCUCUGGCUCCGACGAGGGCCCGCCAGGCGCGCAGAGCCGCGUGCCUCCGGCGGAAGCGCCGCCGGCGCCUCCGAGCCAGAGCGGUCAGUCCAGCAGCAACAACGGCUCCUCGUCGGAGCAGAACGAGCGCGACGUGUUCCGCGACGCGACCUCGGACCAGUCCACCCGCGACGCGACGAGCGCCACCGUGUCGACGCCCGAGGGCUCGGGCGACUCCAUGCAGGACGAGAGCUCGGUGCGCGGCGUCCGGCGCCGACGAGCACAGGCCGCGCCGGUGCGGCAUUGCACCACCAUGAUGAUCAGCAACGUCCCCAACUUCCUGACGCAGGGCGCGGUCGUCUCUCUGCUCGAGGACCUCACGGCGUGCAUGCGCGGGGCGUUCGACUUCUUCUACUGCCCGUGGAACCCCAACCAGGACCGGAACCUGGGCUACGCCAUCCUGAACUUCUUCUCGCGCUCCACCGCCGCGGAGUUCGAGCGCCAGUGGGCGAACGAGCCCCUCCUGCCGGGGACCCACGGCGCCAAGAAGAUGAAGAUCGUGCCCGCGGCGCUGCAGGGCCGCGCCGCCAACAUCAGGCACUUCUCGGGCUUCAGCCUGGCGCACCACCGGGACCCGAGGUUCAGGCCGCUGGUGCGCGCGGCUGCCAACGAGGCCUUGCGCCCGAUGGCGCUGCCCGACGAGAUCGUGCAGCCAGUGCAGCAGGACCACGCCGAGGAGGACGACGACUUCCUGGACCCCUACCAGGACUCCUGCCAGGACUCCUACUUGUGCCAGCCGGCCCGCGGGCUGGGCCACGGGGGUGGCGGCGCGAGGGGGUUCCCGGACCCAGCGGCGCUGCAGGAGCGCUGGGACGGCGCCGGCUUCGGGCAGCAGGGGGGCGGGCCUCGCCUGUCAUCAAGGACCGACGCCUCCAGGUCCAACGGCCGCGUGCUGGCCCGCGAGGGCACCCAGAUGGUGAUCUACAUCACGGGCAGCAAGACGGACCAGCUCAACGUCGGGACGGUGAGGAACCACUACCGCGCCGGCACGACGCUCUGCUCGAUCGCGGCGAUGGAGCGGCUCCAGGCUCACCAUCCCCAGCGGAUAGAGGGCACCGAAGAACGGCUGCCCAUUGUCCGCUGGGCGUCAGGUACCCCAAUUCGCAGGGCCGAGGUGCAGCACUUCCUGGCGGUCGCGGGGCUGGCCGCCGGGCUCUCCAGGGAGGAGAUCGGCAGCCGCUCCUUGAGGGUCGGCGGAGCGACCGCGAUGUACCACGUGACCGAAGGCCUCUCCCGGGCGCGCCGGUUCGGGCGCUGGCAGUCAGACGCGUUCCACGGCUACCUGUGGGAGUCGCACGAGCCGAUGAAGGGCGUCUCCAGCGAGAUAGCCAGGGGCACCUCCUCGCUGACCAACCCGGCGAAGGACAGCACCCCCGCCAGGGCCGCCGCCGGCGCCGAGGGCGCCAGGUCGGGCUCCGCCGGCAAUCAGUGCGCCAGCGUGAGCCCCGGUCUAACCUCACGGAGGACAGCCGUGCACGCCGGCAUCAGCUGCCUGGCGGCGAGCGGCCAGCAGGAGGGCCAGUUGGGCCCCAUGCGCGCGCCGGCGCCUGCGCCCGCAAUGCUGACGUGCAAGGCCCGCCAGACCAGCGUGUAG